AUGAUUGCCGCGAUUUCCAGUGUCUUACCAGUCCAAGAGGACAGGUGUCUGGCAUGCUUGCACAUUGCUGGCGUCUGCGUGGGGACCAUGAGCCUGGAGAUGGAUCUAAUUGAAUGGGCGCUUAACCUGCGUGCUGCGGGAGGCGGGGUAUUUGGCAGUGGCAGCGAGGAAUUGGACAGAGUGCUAAAACUGCACUACCGAGUGACAUACCAUGCGUUUGACCGGGGCACCAAGCGGUCGGUGUGGGAAGUGCUGCUGGCGGAGGCCGAGAAGAUCGACAGCAGCAAGGGCAUGGAGCUGGAGCAGGCGGUGAUGGGGAACGUGUUUGGAAUCUUGUACCGGCAGCUGGGCGAUGAGACGGAGUGUGCGCGGUGGCUGGCGAAACUGGGCGCGCUGCGGGCGCUGCGAGGCGAAUACCCGGAGUUCUGGGCGCUGCUGCUGCUGGAAAACGUGUGUUACCGGGAGGCUAUCGGCGUGGAGGACCAGCAGCAGGUGUUCCGGGACGUGGCGCGGUUGCCGAAGGAAACGCACACGCUGACAUGGUUCUAUCUCGAGCGGUUCUUGGCGCGGGUGCAGUGCGAGCGCUGGCAGGCGGUAAAGGAGUUUGGAGGCGUCCCGCUAGCAUACCUGCUGGAGGCUGUGCGGGAGGAGGAGGGCGUAGACCAAUGGCUGCUGGAGCAGGGGCGGGCGAUCCUGUCGCGCACCCGCUUCCCCGCUGCCAGCGAGAAGAACAGCACAAUGCUGGAGGAGUUUCAUGCGGUGCUGAACUACUAUCUGCGCAAGAAUAACAAGCCGCGUUCUACAGAAUGGGAAGGGUUCAUCACGGAUUCGCUGGGCGUUACUUUCCAGAGCGUGAACGUCUCGAAGGCAGCGCUGACCUACUACCGCCGGUUUGGCGACACGAAGCUGGCGCUACUCAACCUCUUAAAUUUCUUCAACUACAGUGAGCGCUUCCGCCGCAUGAACAAUGGCUUCUAUGACGACAUUGUUUCGCUCCUGGAUGCUUAUACGUUUGUGCUGCAGCUGACCUCGCUGCCCGAGGCCAUCGGCGACAUUUUCAACAAGGCGAAGGCCUUUGAGCAAUUGCGCAAUAUUCUACAGGAGUUUUAUCGUGACUAUCGUCUGCAGCAGAUACCGAAGGAGCACAGUGCGGAUUGGCUGUCGAACUCUGCAAAGGUAGUUGUCCCGCCUAAGCUGGCCCGUCUACUUUCAGACUCGUGGUUUUUGCUAUAUCGCAUAGAGCGAAAUUCGCUGAAGCCCACGUUGGACUUCUCGCUCACCUACUACCUGGCCAAUGCUAUGUGCAUCAACCCGUUGAAUAUAGACGUGAAGUUCCACUAUGCAUAUGUUCUUGCAUCUAUAAGGCGCAUUGACAUGUGCAUCCGCUUUCUGAAGACUAAUAUCCUGAACAUAAAACCAGCAGACUACCGCUCGUGGCAUCUUCUUGCUUUGUGUGAGUCUAUUCAGGAGGACAAGGACGUUUCAUUCAAGAUCGUUUGUUCUGUUUUGAAGGCGAUGGCGGAGGCACAUGAAGAAAGCAAUCUGCUCAAGGCGGACAAGUGGCAGUUCAUACAUAUUAAGCUCACCCAACUGGUCCUCGUCAAGGAAAUGUUUGGAGUUAAGGAUGCACUCGAAAUGCUGUCUGAAGUUUACCAGCUAUAUGCGUCACUCUUUCCUGCAUCGAAGGUUAAUAAAACCAAGGACGAGUCGCGGCUUGGUCCUGCACACAACCAAACAAAAGAAUAUCUGUUCCAAGCGAUCUGGUUUUUCUCAGCGCGGCUCUUUCUGCAGGAUGGAGAUGCACAAAAUGCCCGGGAGGCAAUUGAUGAGGCCAAGCGAGUGACUGACACAUUCACCAAUCUCAACGUGAACAUAACACACGGCUACCUGAAAUUGCAUUGUGACCCCAAAGGUGCAAUGUCGGAAUUUCAAAAUGCUCUGAGUUUCGACCCAACCAAUGUAGAUGCCGUGGUGGGUCUUGCGAAACUACUUUACCCGGAGGACCAAGGCUCUCUUGAACGUAUCGCCCGUCACAGGCCUAUCAUCGGCACUGCAACCCCAAAACCGGAGAGUGACCCAUUCGCAAACAGCAAGGACAGGUCGGCGGCAGUCGCGCAGCUGAAAAUGCUUCUAGAGAACUGCAUUGAAAAAUCGAUCGAUGGCUACCACACUCCUGAGGUAUGGUGGUAUCUUUCUCGGAUCUACGACGAAUUCCACGAUAAUGAGCGCCUUGAAUCCGCCUUAUGGCAGUGUAUCAAGUUCCACGAGCUCGAACCAAUUCGCGACUUUAAAUACUGCAUGUUUUAA